UGGGGUUCGUAUUGGCAGCGAGGGGCACCGAUUGGCGUGCUUGGGGCUUGACAUCAUGCUCUAUGUGUGACCCCGCCCCUACUCUCAGUGUGUCAGUGCGAGUGGCGCGUGAGGAGUAGCGGCUGCGGAUCUGUGGGACCCGGGGCAGAUUGUGUGAGUGCCACACCUUCCUUGGCUAAAGAGGAUGAAGAUGGAGAACAUUCCGUGUGACAGUGACUUGUUCCUGACUCAGCGUGAGGCCCAGGGCAGCAUAAGGAAGGGAUGUGACCCGUUUGCCCAGACACAGAGAAGUAAACUACAGCACCGCCGGGCCCGAAUCAACCAACAGAUCAACAAGGAGAUGAGAAUGAGAGCCGGGGCCGAGAACCUCUUUAGAGCGACCACUAACCAUAAAGUGAGGGAGACGGUGGCCCUAGAGCUCAGUUAUGUCAACUCCAACCUGCAGCUGCUGAAGGAGGAACUGGAGGAGCUGAACAGCUCAGUGGAAAUCUACCAGAAUGAGAGUGAUGCAGUCAGUGUCCCCAUGAUCCCGCUGGGACUGAAAGAAACGAAAGAUCUGGAUGUGACGGAGGCUUUAAAGGACUUCAUCGCUAAUCACUACGGGGAAGAUGGAAGCCUUUAUGACAAAGAGAUCCGAGAAUUAAUGGAUCUGCGGCAGGCCAUGAGAACCCCCAGCCGCAGUGAUGCCGGGAUUGAGCUCCUCGUGGAAUAUUAUAACCAGCUUUAUUUCCUCGACAACAGAUUCUUCCCUCCUAACAAGCCCCUGGGGGUCUUUUUCCACUGGUACGAUUCUCUCACUGGCGUCCCCUCCUGUCAGCGGGCUUUGGCAUUUGAGAAGGGGAGCGUGUUAUUUAACAUGGGGGCUCUGUACACUCAGAUCGGGGCUCGGCAGGAUCGAUUGUCUGUACAAGGGAUUGAUACGGCCAUCGACGCUUUCCAAAAGGCCGCAGGCUGCUUCAACUACCUGAAAGAGAACUUCUCUAACGCCCCAAGCCUGGACAUGAGCGCGUCGUCUCUCAACAUGCUGGUGCGCCUCAUGGUGGCUCAGGUGCAGGAAUGCGUCUUUGAAAAGUUUCUGUUGCAAAACCCCCAAAAUGAUCUCUUCACUCAACUGCAGGCAGCACAAGAGGCUGCAAAGGUUGAGGAAGUCUAUACACUAGUCUACAGGACAAUGACGCAGCCGCCAGUUAAAGACUAUAUCCCCUUCUCCUGGAGCACCAUGGUCCAUGUUAAAGCCGAGCAUUUCAAAGCUCUGUCCCAUUACCAUGCAGCGUGUUCCCUGUGUGAUUAUUCCACUGCCGGUGAGACUGAAGUAAAGACACAAGAGAAAGCGUUCGCUCAGUUCCAUGUUACUGCCCCAGAGGGACCCUCACUCGCCUUUAUACUGCAGGACCCCGAAGAACGGAGAAAACUCGGAAAGGCCCAUUUGAAAAGAGCAAUUAUGAAGCACGAGGAGGCGAUGAGGAUUCACGGCCUGUGCAAGAUUUUGAGGAAGAUGGACAUCCUACAGGAAGUGCUCACACUCACCCACAGGAAAUCGCUGAGUAAAUACUCGGACAUUGAUCAUGAAGAAGAUUUCUUUGAGACUGGAGAAGCCCCUGAUAUUCAGCCAAUAACAUGUCAGAGGCCGGAAAUCAAAACCCCUGUGUUCUCGAAGGUGAAAGUGACCGACAUUUUCCAUCGGCUGGGUCCCCUUUCGGUUUUCUCUGCUAAACACAAAUGGCGACCCCCUCAGAAGGUUCACCUUGAGAAAGGAGACGACGGCUUUGGGUUCACUCUGAGAGGGGAUGCGCCAGUCCUUGUUGCUGGAAUUGUGCCGGGAGGUUGUGCUGAGCACGCGGGUGUAAUGGAGAACUCCUAUAUUGUGUCUGUGAGUGGGACCGACUGCCGCUGGGCCAAACACUCUCAGGUGGUGCAACAACUCAAGAACUCCGGGGAACAUGGGGUGGAUAUUGAGCUUGUGGUGUUUCACAACCCCGAGACACAAAUUACGGUGGUGGACAAACGAGCUUCUAUGCUAACAGCCUGCGAGCUUCUCGGGUGUAACAAGGAGAACAGCAAGAAAUCGGUAUUGGGCAGCAAGAGUGCCAGCGCCCUCCGCCUGUGGAGCAAGAGGAGCAAAGCCAGCAAGAGGAAUCAGAACAGCAACGUGGUGCAUCUGCCGUUCAGCGCCGUGCAGAACAGUGAGUCCAUGUACUGAGAGUGUUGUGACCAAUCGUGUUUCACUGGGACACAGGGAGUGGCCAAUGUUCUCUCAGUGACCUGGAAAGACUAGGCAAGUGGUGACAUUGAUUGGACAGUGGAGGUAAUUUGCCUUGGCACUGCCAACUUGGUGCCCAAUAUACUGUCAGCUAAAGGCUUUCUGCUGCACACUUAUACCCCCUGUAUUAACCUGCCCAUGUACUAUGGCUUGCAAGCAUUACAUGGACUACAAACCAGCUUCUAUCUAUUGGCUGCUUCCUGCAAGACGUCUGCCAAUGACCUGCCGUCUCUGCUAGGCACCUAGUAGCACCCACUUGCUCCUCAGUCUCAGCUGUAGUGGCUGCCGGACGUGCAAGAGAAGUGGGAGAAUUCAGCAAAGAGCAGGGUCACUUCUCCCAAACGGACAGAUGGGGCACUAAUGAGCUUUCUAGUAUAAGUGAGUAGAACGGACAAAAAGCAAGAGUGACGGUGAGUGAUUGCUGAAAACCCAUUGGCUUGUUCAUUGGGUGGGUGGGUUCUGUGGAUUGUGCUUGGUCCAUUUAUUUUUCCCUGGGCAUCAAUGUGACUCCUGUAUUUAUAAACCCAUUCCUGGUGGCUCCUAAGCGUGAGCCUUUGUUUCUGCCCAUUGUGGCCUCACUGCUGUGGCCUGCGAUGGGGGAGACCGUAGUUACUUUCCUCUUGUUGUCUCGUAUCUUUCAGUUUGGAUACAUGCCCCAUACAAGGGCAAGAAGAAAAAAUU